AUCGGAACCCGUCACCUCUCCCUAUCUGGAGCACCGGUUAAGGGUUUUCUCAAAGGGGCUCUAUUAUCUCUUUCAAUCUCUCGAUUUCGAUUCAGAUUCAGAUCUAUAAUCAAUAACGAUCUCCGAGAGAGAAAAAAAGAUGUACGGAUUCGAAGCGCUCACCUUCAACAUCCACAGUGGAUACCUGGAGGCGAUCGUGAGGGGCCACCGAGCUGGUCUGCUAACCGCCGCCGAUUACAACAAUCUCUGCCAGUGCGAAACCCUCGAUGACAUCAAGAUGCACCUCACGGCCACCGAAUACGGCCCGUACCUCCAAAAUGAACCUUCUCCUCUACACACAACUACAAUUGUGGAGAAGUGCACUCUUAAACUAGUGGAUGAGUAUAACCACAUGUUAUGCCAAGCUACAGAGCCCUUGUCAACCUUUUUGGAGUACAUCAGGUAUGGUCACAUGAUUGACAAUGUUGUUCUAAUUGUUACUGGAACAUUGCAUGAGAGAGAUGUUCAGGAAUUGUUGGAGAAAUGCCACCCUUUGGGCAUGUUUGACAGCAUUGCCUCCUUAGCAGUGGCUCAAAAUAUGAGGGAGCUUUACAGGCUUGUGCUUGUUGAUACCCCCUUGGCUCCAUAUUUCUCUGAGUGCAUUACUUCAGAGGACUUGGAUGACAUGAAUAUUGAGAUUAUGAGGAAUACCCUGUACAAGGCAUACCUUGAGGACUUUUACAAAUUUUGCCAGAAACUGGGUGGUGCUACUGCAGAAAUCAUGUCAGACUUGCUUUCUUUUGAGGCUGACAGAAGAGCUGUUAAUAUUACCAUAAACAGCAUUGGCACUGAGCUCACUAGGGAAGACCGCAAGAAGUUAUAUUCUAAUUUUGGUCUACUUUAUCCUUAUGGUCAUGAGGAGCUUGCUAUCUGCGAAGACAUUGAUCAGGUCCGUGGUGUCAUGGAAAAAUACCCUCCAUAUCAAUCCAUAUUUUCCAAAUUAUCCUAUGGGGAGAGCCAGAUUCUUGACAAGGCUUUCUAUGAGGAAGAAGUCAAACGUCUUUGCUUGGCAUUUGAGCAGCAGUUCCACUAUGGCGUAUUCUUUGCAUAUGUAAGGUUGAGAGAGCAGGAAAUCAGGAACUUGAUGUGGAUAUCUGAAUGUGUGGCUCAGAACCAAAAAUCCAGAGUGCACGACAGUGUUGUUUUCAUAUUUUAAUUUUUCUUAAUAUAUUAGGAAGUCUGGUAUACUUCUCCAUAAUCUUAAGUUUUUCGGGGAACUAUUUGUGGAUGUAAUUGCCGACAGCCCCCUUAAUUUUAUGUUGCUAUGCCUCUGCCCCUUCUAUUCGUUCUGUGUCUUGGAGGCUGAUUAGCCGAUGACAAUAAGUUGGAAAGAGACAUUGUUCCGCCCUUAAAGCAUUUGCUGCUUAAUAAGUCAAUGUAUGUAAGGAUGAACUCUUGAGUCAGGUUUGAUUUCAUAAUUUGUAUCUCAAUUUGUUAUUAUUAUGGAGUAAGUUGUUCUAGAGCGUAA